GCAGCAGCUUUGCCAUUUUUAGGUGCUGUAGGCAGGGUAGUGGGAGCAGCCGCUGCUUUUGCAGAAGCACAGGGUGGAUGUUUCCCUGGCCUGGGCACUGAAAUAUGGCUGAUCUGGGCACGAGGCUCUGGCUGCUGCAGGUGACCCUCUGGCUGCUGGCUCUGCUCACAGGUGGGACCUCAGCAGAAGAGACCAACACUGGAAACAGCACAGGUGGCAGGUGUCCCCCGGUGUACCAGAACCUGCGCUACGUGGCCGUCAAGAAGAACAUGCCCAUCUACCUCAUCUGCUACUCCCAGGAGCCGCAGAUCAUGCAGUGGUACAAGACAGCAGAGGACAGGGAUGACCUCUCUGUGCUGGAUCAGAACAUGCCUGGCUACAGCAUCGAGAGGACGAACGUCUCCAUCAACCUCACCCUCUUCAGGACCAGCUACAAGGACAGCGGGAUCUACGUGUGCGACAGGAAGGGUGUGGCGAGGAAGGAGCAGCUGCACUCGUGUGGGACAGAGCUCCGGGUCAUGGGUACCACCAGCAUCAAGCAGAUCCAGAACAGGAACACUCUGAAAGACGCCAUCAUCAUCAUCCAGUCCAUCAUGCUCGUCAUCUUCAUCAGCAUCCCCAUCCUCCUCUUCCACGAUAAGGGUGAAGAGAAGAAAAGCCCAGAGGAGGACCACACCUAUGAGGGGCUGGAGGUGGAGCAGAUGGCCACCUACGAGGACAUCACUCCUUUCCGGGACGUGAAGGCCAAGUGGGCAGUGGGGGAGCACCCAGGUGAAGAGUGAGGGGUCCUGCACCCUCUGCCAGGCCCUGCCAGCCCCCGUGGGGACGGAUCCCCUGGAGCUGCCUGGAUCCUGGAUGCUGGGCUGCAUUCUCCGCCUGCAAACACCUGCACAGCCCAGCUCAGGGCUGGGAGCCUGCUGCCCUCAGUGCUCGUGUCCAGGCUGUGUCACCGAGGCUGUCCCUGUCCCCACCCCACAGACCAACCCUUAAAGCCUCUGUAGAAAUUAGGAGCCACCUGUGAUCCCCCAGUAGCAAACUGGUCCCACAGCCUGGGCAGCCCCACACCCAGCACUGAGCUCCAGCCUGGCCAUUGCCAUGGAAGGACUGGGAAUGAGGGCUCUGCUCCAGCCCCACCAGCCUGGGAAGGACAGGACCGGGCACUGCAAGGACACUGCCAAUAGCACUGCGUGGGUGUUGUGAGAAGCAGAUUUGGGGACACUCUUCAGCUGUCAAAGCUGUGUCCACAGGCCCAGCUGGCAGAGGUCUGAGGUGGAGGAUCCCCCAAAAGCAACUCUUUUUCUCCAAAGACUGUGGAAAAGCUGGGGAGAAAGGUCUCACCCAAAGGCCUGCUGCUCUCCAGGCAAGAGCUGGCCCCUGUCACAAGGUCAUCCCCAUGGGGAGGGACAUGUGUGACCUCAGAACAUCUGGAAAAGUUGUAAAUUGUGGGUCACAAACCUCCAACUGCUUUGGAAACUCUAAUAAAGGUAAUGGGUAAAUCCUCAUCCUGCUCCAUCCUGCCAUGCCCAUUCCAGGGGUGUCCCAUAACCCUGGUGCUGAUUUCCUGGGAAUAACGAGCAGCUUUUUGGGUCCAGCGUAGCUGGAAACCGAACUUCACCUCCUCAAACUUCACCCUGAGGGCAGGCAGGGAUGGACAGCCAAGAGCAGAUAUGAGGCUCCUGUGGGGACCUCAAAAAUCCCAAAACAUCAGCUUGGGAUUGGAAAGAGAAUCACCAGGAUCCAAAGCAGGAGAACGGGGUCCAGGACCAGCAGCUCUGCUCUCAGCUAAAUAUGGUCUUGAAGGAGAAGCUAAAAGACAUCUGGAGACUGGGUUUGUAAAGAAAUGAUUUUGGCGUGGCAAGUGGUGGGAUCAGAGCCAGCCAGGAACCCAAACUGGGGCUGGGGGGGCACAGUGGGGGUGGGAGCUUGGCUGAGCAAGGGUGACAAGGACAUUGUGGUUCAAACUGUCCCCUCUCAGAGAACCCAAGGCCUCUGUGUCCUGAUGUUUCAUGACAUUUUGGGCUCCAAGAAGCUCCUGCAACUGCUCUGCACCCCAAAAACAGCCAGAGGAGGGUAAUAUUCUAAGCAAAAACGGCUUUUCAGAAGUAACAGGAUGGUUCUUUACCAGUAAAGUACCUCUGUAGGAAACUGGAAUUCAAUUUAAACAGCACAAAGAACAGAAUUUUAAAAUUUAUUUUUACUAGUUAAAUAGAACUACCCCAAAUUAGUUCUGCUACAUAUAUAUAAAAGUUAUUUAAGCAUAUUUUACUUAUAAAAUGGGUUAAUUUAAAAAAGGAGCAUUCACAGGGAGAAAAAAGAACUGGCUGCUCCUGGUUGCCACAUUUGCCAAAAUUUUAGGACAGAGCUCAUCCCUCCAUUCCUUGUUUUCAGUUUCCAAAUGGAAGAUGGAAGUUUUUUCUGGCCUUCCCAGCUCCAGAUUCUUCAAUUUUCCUGAGUGCAAACAACUCAGUCAAGUGACUAAACAGAAUAAUAGAAAAAAUAAAGAAAAUUUGCUGUUUGCACCUGGUGAGGAA